CUCUGUUUUCAUUCUCACGACAGUUACUACGAUGGGUAUGGCGAUACCUACAGCUAAAGUUUAUGGAAGCUUCGUUUCUUAGACUAUUGCUACAGCAUCGGUGUCAAACAUUACUACUCCAAAUACAACCAACGCAGAAGAAAGCUCCCACGUCACAUAUCAAUAAUUAGUAUCUUAUCUGUGAUGGGGUAAAUACGUUCGCAUAAUUCUUUAGAGGCGUUUUAUUUUCAAAUAAUUUGAAAAACAAGCUGUGCUUUAUCUAGAUAAUGUUUCUAGUAUUCCUUGCAUCCUGAUGACAGAGACUAGAAAAAAUAAUUCCAGUAACAUCAGUGCAGAUAGAAACUUAAUUACUCAUUUUCUAUUUUCGUCUGUUUCUGCUUAAGAGAACCGUAAACACUUCCUGCGACAGUGACGUAAAUAAAAAUGUAACGUUGUAAAAUUAUAACAAGUGAACACUGUUGAAAAGGAACUGAUUCUUUGACUUUAUCUCUCAUUAACUAGCUACGUUAUCUUCAAUAUUCCCCUGACCCUUGACCCUACUGAACCAAAGUUAAGAAAUAAAAAUGGGUCACACGUUCACAGAGUUUAGUAUUUGUUGCCUCCAUUAUGAUAUUUAGAACAGUUGUGAUAAUUGCAUUUCUGUGUGUUACUGUUCACUUUUCUGAAUGUAGACGACACCACCACGACCACUGGGAUGAUGUAGCAGAUUCACUUAAAGAGUUGAAGAAAAGCAUUAAGAAAAAGACUAUCACAACACAACGUCCUCCUCCGCCCAAUUCAGCUCCACGCUGGACUGGAAAACUGCCUAACCUUCCACAAGAUAAUAGAUACUACAACCCAGCAGCAUAUGGGCCGCCACCUCUUAACUAUUAUCCAUUCAGCGAUGGAAGAGAUUUUUCUAACCCUAAGUACACCAUAAACGACACCGGCGAUACAACUUUAGGGUUCUAUUUGAAGCAGUCUUUGGUCAAAAUCACUCCCACCUACCACUACUACAACACCAAAUACGAUCCACACGGCUACAUUCCAAAAUACGACCAUUACUCAAUUCACCACUACUACCACAACAACAAAUCGAUCCAAACUGAAGUCACCAUUCCCCCUGAUAUAUUCGUCAUCUGUGCCGGAAACAGUAGCACUUUAUGUCCGACGAAUACAACGGCUCUCUGCACCAGUAACGGCGCUCUGUUGUGCGUGACGAGAGACUCUUCAACGGUCCCUUGCUUGCACGACAGACGCGUCAGCUGCGUAAGAAGCAGUGUGCCUUGCAAAGAGAAUCACGGCCCCGAGUGCGAGACGUCUCUCAAUGGCGUAGCUUCUAUAUCAAUACCUUGCGUUUCAACAGUCAACGUGUACGGUACCGUCAGUUACCUAUACUACAGUAUUUUGAUCACCAACAACUCUACAAGUGAUAAUUCAAGGAAAAGUUUUUGUGUGACUGUCCUGGCUCUACCAGCAGAGAGGCGGUUAAGCGAGGGGGAAAAAGUUUUGAAAAAGGCCGAAAAUGUUUUGGCCGCGUUCGCUGUUAGUGCUUUGGGCAUAAAUGGACAUUAGUGCGCGUACAGGGUGUUGAAUUCCGAUAUUUUCCAGCUGGGAAGGUUUAGUUGAAACACCCUGUAUUUUGCGUACAAUAAAUAGGUUGUGAAUCAUUGUUUAACUACACUUUAGACGAUUCUAACGAGCGUUCAAAUAAAAACGUGGUCAAGUUGGUUCUGAAAAUUUGGACGUAGGGCGUAG